AUGGGUAAUUUAAUUCCCCCAUCUCCCCCCUCCAGCAGAAGCUCUGAGUUGGGCAGAAUGAGCAGUAAGGACAUGUAUUCUCCCAGCUGGGAGGUGAACACAGACCCACUCUUCUCCUGCAAACUGUGCCUUGGAGAAUUUCCCCAAGAUCAGAUGAGCACCAUCUCCCAGUGCCAGUGUGUCUUCUGUACUCUGUGUUUGAAGCAGUAUGUGGAACUUCUCAUUAAAGACGGAUUGGAGACGGCCAUCAGCUGUCCUGACUCAGCCUGCCCAAAGCAGGGACACUUACUAGAGACCGAGAUGGAGUGGAUGGUUCCUGCAGAAGCAAUGCAGCGUUAUAGAAGAGUACGGUUUGAGCGAGAGGUGCUGCUGGACCCCUGUCGGACGUGGUGCCCGUCUCUGUCGUGCCAGGCGGUGUGCCAGUUGAAGGAGUCGGACGUGUCCGUCCCACAGCUGGUCACCUGCUCCGCGUGCCAUCUUCAAUUCUGCUCUCUCUGCCGAGAGGACUGGCACCCGGACCGACCGUGCAAGGAGAACCUACCCAUCACCACGUUCCUGCCUGGGGAGAACAGCUCCAUCCACAAAAGUGAGGAUGACGAAGCUUCUAUCAAGCGUUGCCCUAAAUGCAAAGUGUUUAUUGAGAGAGACGAAGGCUGCGCUCAGAUGAUGUGUAAAAACUGUAAACAUGCCUUCUGCUGGUACUGCCUGGAGUCCCUGGACGAUGACUUCCUGUUGAUCCACUAUGACAAAGGACCGUGUCGUAAUAAACUGGGACAUUCCCGAGCCUCCGUCAUAUGGCACCGUACUCAGGUUGUGGGCAUCUUUGCCGGCUUUGGGUUGCUCUUGUUAGUAGCGUCUCCACUGCUUCUUCUGGCAACUCCGUUCGUGCUGUGCUGCAAGUGUAAAUGCGGCAAACGGGAUGAUGACCCUCUGCCAACCUAG